AUGGGAUGGUUCAAGUGCAACACUGAUGGGGCCUCUAGGGGAAAUCUAGAGAUGAGUUCUGCUGCCUUUUGCAUAAGGAAUGAAAGAGGAGAUCUAAUGUAUGCUGCAACUAGAACCCUGAAUGAUACUACCAAUAUUUGUGCAGAGGCCAUUGCAUUAGGAGAUAGAAUUGAAUAUUGUGUGACACAUCAGUUCUUGCCUGUGAUUAUGGAAACUGAUUCCUUGGCUUUGCUAAAUAUCAUAAGGAAUAUAUGGAGUAUCCCUUGGAAUAUCAGAAUGGAGAUAAGGAGAAUACAUUAUUGGAGCAAUAAGGGGCAAGUGCAGUUUGCUCAUAUCCUGAGGGAAGGCAAUGAGCUACCAUCUGAUGCCAAGAAGAUCUUAAACAUGGACAAGACUUUGAUGCCUAGUUUCAGAUAUAAAGUAUACAAGUGCAGGGAACCUGAUUAA